GACGUCAACGCAAUAUAUGCGCAUUGCAACGCUAUAAAAGCACUUUUUCAUGGCAUUCAGACGGCCGCCGUCGGAUCUGAUAGCAACCCACGCUCAGAAUGCAGACGCAAAGCAUAAAAUGGUCUGCUUUCGCCGUCCUGGUGGCUUUUGCCGUUUGCCAAACAGCGUUUUCCGCUGAAGUCGCGGAUGCGGACGACUGCGAGAUUGAGGCCCUGACUCUGAAGACAAUGCUCCGUAAACGCUACAGAUGCAGUGGCUUCACUGAUGAGGAGAGCAAGUUGGCAAACGAUUUACAACACUUAAAGGAGGACAUUUCCAGUAUCAAGGACAUGCUGCAAAAUAUUACAGUCGGAAUCAGCAAUCCAAAGAUCGAUGAGGAGAUAGAGUUUAAACCCUGUCCGGAUAAUGGCACUGGUAGAGUGAGAACUCUGUCUGCAGAUGAAAUGACCUACUUUUUUUCUUAUCCCAAAAAAAUGAGUUGGACUGAAUCAAAACAAUUCUGCGAAAGAAAUAACAUGUACAUGGUGAAGGUACAGAAUCAAAGUCAACUGGAUGGACUUUUCGACGAGUCAAAGAGGAUUAUUGACCACGGUGUUUGGUGGCUGGGGGCAUCUGAUAUUGAGCAGAGACCAGGGAAGUUCAAAUGGAUUGAUGGAGAACAGCUCCUUCCUUCAAAUACUUUGUGGGACAAGGCGCACGGUAAUCCCAGAAACUUUAAUGCAGGCCAGGAAACAUGUGUUUCAUAUUUCACUUGGGAGAGAAAAAAGCUUGUCGACUUGGAUUGUAAAUAUGAAUGUUACGUAAUUUGCAAGGUGAAACCUGAAUGCCUAGUCCAUUCAAAUUAAGGCGGCUUCAAGAACCUCAAUGUUUUUUUAACGAGGUGUG